CGCUUGACAGAAAGGAUUGAGGGCAAAAUUCUGGAAAAGCCCUUCAAUUAAAUUAUCCAGUGCACUGUAUUUCUGGCCCUCUUGGGGACAUUUUGAUAAAAAUUUACCAAAAUUUCCGGCGCUUUUUUCAGCGCAUAAAGAGUUUAUUGGUACCAUUGGAAAACCGUAGAUAUAUUGCAGCUUUUUAUACAGAUUAUAUCUUGAAAAUAUAAUUCAACAGAAGUAGUUGCUUCAGAAGUAUUUGCAUCAGAAGUAUUAUUAAAUAGACAAAUUUGGAAUGUCUUAAGGCCCUUCAAACGCGUUUUAAUCAUCCAACGACCUUCACAUAUAGAACUUACAAAAUCACUGAUAAAACUCGACCUUGGAGUACUGUCAGAUUAUCACUACAUGGUCGAUUUAUAAGUCAUACAGAUACGGUGUUACUUACUGAGUUGACAAUAUCUCUCUAAAACCUUAUUUGAUUUUGACAAUUUAAGCGCGAUAACCACAAAAGUCUUCGUCAAUGAACUAGAUAAACUUACUGAUUCACUUAAGAGCAUUUAAGUUUAUUCACGCCUGUCGACUGUUGUGUUCUGAUACAAAAGAGUCGAAAUUUGACGUUCAAUUUCAGAGGUUCAAAAUGUCGGCAAAAGCGAUUUCCGAGGUAACUGGGAAGGACAUUUUGGCGCGUAACAUCCAAAGUGACACGCUACACAAGGGUGUCGCGGCGGCUGUCUACAAAUCAACAGACCUCGAUAGUUUGCCCAUAGAACACCCGUGGCUGUUAACCGACCAGCUGGUUGUCAAACCAGAUCAGCUGAUCAAACGACGAGGAAAACUGGGUUUGCUACUCGUCAACAGAAAUUAUGGAGAAGUCAAAAAAUGGAUUUCAGAGAAACGAGGAAAAGCUGUGACUGCGGGAAAAACAACAGGAGUAAUCACGAAUUUUAUAAUAGAACCAUUCUUGCCACAUAAACAGGAGGAGGAGUUUUACCUGUGUAUCCACUCGUCACGUGACAAAGACACCAUUCUGUUUUUCCACGAGGGCGGAAUAGAUAUCGGAGAUGUCGACUCCAAAGCGCAGAAGCUGGAUGUACACAUCAGUUAUCCAGAGUCUACGGUACCCGAUGUGUCUAAACUAGUAGCAAAAGCACCUGCUAAAAUACAAUCCAUUUUAACCCAGUUUAUUUUGAAUCUUUACGAAGUUUAUCGAAAACUUUGCUUCACAUAUUUGGAAAUCAACCCUUUAGUAAUUACAAACGGAAACGUGUUUAUUCUGGAUCUUGCCGCGAAAUUAGACCAAACCGCAGAGUUUUUGUGUAAAGUGCAAUGGGGUGAUGUUAUUUUCCCGCCUCCUUUUGGCCGCGAAGCUUCUCCAGAAGAAAACUACAUUGCAGAGUUGGACGCUAAAAGUGGAGCUUCUCUGAAACUGACAGUCCUAAAUGAGAAGGGACGUAUUUGGACUAUGGUUGCGGGCGGCGGUGCUUCGGUCAUUUAUAGCGACACAAUUUGUGAUUUGGGCGGAGCUAGUGAACUUGCGAAUUACGGAGAAUACUCAGGAGCACCGACCGAAGGUCAGACUUACGAAUAUGCCAAAACGGUCUUGUCACUAAUGACUAAACAUCACCACGAAGAAGGAAAAGUGUUGAUUAUCGGAGGAGGAAUUGCGAAUUUCACCAACGUGGCGGCGACGUUCAAAGGAAUCAUUAAAGCGUUAACAGAGUACAAAGAAAAGCUAACAGAACAUAAAAUAGCCAUUUUUGUCAGACGUGGGGGUCCGAAUUACCAGGAAGGUCUGAGGGUGAUGCGUGAUGUUGGGAAUGACCUUGGAAUUGACAUGCACGUGUUUGGAACUGAGACGCACAUGACGGCUAUUGUAGCGAUGGCUCUGAAAAAGAAGCCGGUGCCUAAGAAGCCUACGCAGGACACGGCAACUGCCAGUUUCUUACUAGGUUCAGCGUCCCAGUCGGCCACCAUGUCUAAGAAGAGAAGCAAAAGCGUCACCAGUGGAACCGGAAGUGCAAGUGGAUCAAGAAACAAUAGCAUCAUUGAUGACACGCUUCUGGAGUCGAGACGUCGCGAUGACAUUCCAGCCCACACUCUGUUUGACGAAAAGAGCACCUCUAUCAUUUGGGGCAUGCAGCCGAAGGCAGUGCAGGGAAUGUUAGACUUCGACUACAUCUGUUCGCGAAGCAGUGCCUCAGUGGCGGCGAUGACCUACCCGUUCAGUGGAGACCACAAACAGAAGUUCUACUUUGGCCACGAGGAGAUCCUCAUGCCUCUGUACAAAAACAUGGCAGAUGCGAUGAGGAAACACCCCGAGGCAGACACACUCAUCAGCUUCGCCUCUCUUAGGUCUGCGUACGACAGUGCAGUGGAGGCCAUGAGUUUCCCCCAGAUUAGGACAGUGGCCAUCAUCGCAGAGGGCAUCCCGGAGAACCAGACGAGGAAACUGAUCAAACUUGCCCAGCUCAAGGGAGUCCGCAUCAUCGGCCCAGCCACCGUCGGCGGAAUCAAACCUGGAUGCUUCAAGAUUGGGCAUACUGGAGGCAUGAUUGACAACGUGGUCGCCUCCAAACUCUACCGGGCAGGCAGUGUGGCUUACGUGUCUAGGAGUGGGGGCAUGUCCAAUGAGCUGAACAACAUCAUCUGCAAGAACACCAAUGGGGUCUACGAGGGAGUGGCAAUCGGAGGCGACAGGUACCCUGGAACGACGUUUCUGGACCACAUCUUGCGGUACGAGCAGAAUCCAGACAUCAAGAUCAUAGUGAUGUUGGGAGAGGUGGGCGGUGUGGAGGAAUACGUGGUGGGUAAUUUGGUGAAGGAGGGGAAGAUCUCGAAGCCAAUUGUGGCCUGGUGUAUUGGUACUUGUGCCUCCAUGUUCAACUCAGAUGUUCAGUUUGGACACGCAGGCGCCUCUGCACACAAUGACAGUGAGACGGCGAUGGCCAAGAACAAGUUCUUGAAGGAGACUGGCUGUAGAGUACCCGAUAGCUUCGACUCACUCGGAGAUGAACUCAAGGCUGUCUAUGACGAGUUUGUGGAAAGCGGCCAAAUUAAGGUGUUGCCCGAGAUGCCUCCCCCGACAGUGCCGAUGGACUACUCGUGGGCGAGGGAGUUGGGUCUGAUCCGGAAGCCAGCCAGCUUCAUGAGUUCCAUCUGUGACGAGAGGGGAGACGAGCUCAUGUACGCCGGAAUGCCCAUCAGUUCGAUCAUCGACGAGAACCUCGGUAUCGGAGGUGUACUGGGACUCCUUUGGUUCCAGAGACGGCUGCCGGAAUACGCUUUCAAGUACCUGGAAAUAUGUCUGAUGGUGACUGCCGACCAUGCAGUCUCUGGAGCUCAUAACACUAUUGUGUGUAGUAGAGCGGGAAAAGAUCUGGUAUCUUCUUUGACCAGUGGCUUGUUGACUAUCGGAGAGAGAUUCGGAGGUGCUCUGGAUUUGGCUGCCAAGCAGUUCACAGAAGCUUAUGACUCGGGUCAACACCCAAACGAUUUUGUGAACAACAUGCGAAAGAAAGGUCAGCUCAUCAUGGGCAUAGGACACAGGGUCAAAUCAUUGAACAACCCUGACAAGAGAACUGAAAUUAUAAAAGAGUAUGUCAAGGCUCAUUUCCCCUCUACGCCUCUGUUGGAGUACGCUCUGAAGGUGGAAAAAAUCACGACUUCCAAGAAACCGAACUUGAUUUUGAACGUGGAUGGGGUCAUAGCAGUGACCUUUGUUGACCUGAUGCGAUUCUGUGGCUGUUUCACGAGGGAAGAAGCUCAGGAGUUCAUUGAUAUUGGAGUGUUAAAUGGGCUUUUUGUUUUGGGCCGAAGUGUGGGCUUCAUCGGACACUUCCUAGACCAGAAGAGGCUGAAGCAAGGGUUGUACAGACACCCUUGGGACGAUAUCACUUAUGUAUUACCAGAACACACAGAAUAUGAAGAACGAUGAAGACACUGAAAAGAA